AUGGCAGCUGUGCAGCUGACCGCUACAAAGAAGACGCAGUUCCAGCAACAGCAGCCCUCACAGGAUAUCCUGGAACAGAUUUACACAGAGAGGCAAGUGACUGACUUCAGCCAGCUUGUGAAGCCUAAUUUUGCAACAGAGUACUGUGAGGUUGACAUUGUGGGCUUGGUGAUAUCCACACACCAAAAAAUAGGUGCCGCCCCUAUUGUGUAUUUGUCUGAUGAAGCCCAAGACAUUGUAGCAGUUAAAUUCUGGACAGACCUAUCCCAGCUGACCCUGGAGGAACUCACAAAACCUGGUACUUUAAUUGCAGCCAGUAACCUUCGCUGGAGAUCAGAAUAUACUGCUGGAAUUCCCAUUGUGUCUUUUGGAGAUCUGUCCUAUAUUACUGCUAACCCCAAAGAGCAACAUUUGCAAAAGACUAUUCACAAACUUCGCCAGUCUGUCCAGGCUAUCCAGAAGUUCCGCCAUGAAGCAGAGAUAAAACUGUUCGACAUCCUAAGAGUCCCCCAUCCUGAGGAGAAAAGGCCUCUGGCUCAGCACAGUUCAGAUUCACACACUGUCACAAACAAGUUCUCGACGCCAGUGGCCAAACUUGGAAGAGCCCAGAUGAAUCCUCUGAAUACCCCGGACAGUAGUAAUACAAUAAUCAGCUCUAUCAGCGACAGAGAUCCAAAGACUUGCAAGAAGAUGAAAGGUCUGGACUUCCUUAGCCGGAUACCUUCCCCUCCACCGCUAACACCAGUGCACCCCUUUGUGUCACCAUCAUUACAGAGAGCGUUUCGUCCUCCUCGAAACAUGCAGAAAGAUGUACAGACAAGUGAACAGCCCAUUCUAAUAAGUAAAAGAGAAUUUGUAGCCGAUGAAGAACUGGCCAUGAUUAAUACACAAGCUCUUGUUUCAGGUAUAGAGGAAGGGAAUAGACAGCCAAAAGCAGAAACAUCUGCUGAUCUGCAAAAAGGAAAGAUCUCUCCUAAUCAGUCCACGGGUAAACCUGAUCCAUCAGUUACCAGCAGCCAUACAGAUAUUGAUACAACCACAAAGAAAGAAGACACAGGCUUCACUGACCAAAGAAAACUCCGCAGAAGAAGGAAACACAAACUUUAA